AUGCCCCCCGGUGGACUCCCAGCGAGCCUGGUCGCAGGCAACCCCAGCGGCCGUCCCACCGUUGACACCUCUGGCUACGGGGCUAGUUAUACGAAAAAUACACCCACAUCCCCUGAAGACAGUUUGAUUCCAUUCGAUUCACCAUCAACACGAACGGGAGGCCCAAGCCCAAUCACUCCGGUGAACCAGGAGGAUGGUGGGCGCUCAAGUCGUGGCCUGGGUCCUGACCAGGCCGGCUUCCGCGACCGCUCAACACCCCGAGAUCGCUCGCGAGUGAACGGGCGUCAAAAUAAGUCCCCCGGUGGAUCAUCGCGCCUAUGUCAAAAGUGCGGUGAAUCUCUCACUGGCCAGUUUGUUCGAGCGUUGGGCGGUACUUUUCAUCUAGAGUGUUUCAAGUGCGAAGACUGUGGCGAGAUCGUUGCUUCAAAGUUUUUCCCCGUCGAUUCAGAAGAUUCAAGCUGCCAAUUUCCGCUUUGUGAAACCGAUUACUUUAGACGACUCAGCCUGCUAUGCCAUGAGUGCGGCGGCGCACUACGUGGAUCAUACAUUACAGCGUUAGAUCGGAAGUAUCAUAUCGAACACUUUACCUGUUCCGUUUGUCCGACCGUCUUCGGUGCUCAGGACUCUUACUAUGAACAUGAGAGCAAGGUCUACUGCCACUUUCACUACUCAACACAGUUCGCCCAGCGGUGCCAUGGAUGUCACACUGCAAUCUUAAAACAGUUUGUCGAGAUCUUCCGCAACGGUCAAAAUCAACACUGGCACCCCGAAUGUUAUAUGAUCCACAAGUUCUGGAAUGUCCGGUUAUCCCCUGCUGGUCAAACAUGGGAGCCUCCGCCGGUGGAUGAGGAUGCUAGUGAAGAUGAGCGCAAGCAUAUUCGCGACGAAGAAGAUAUCAUGGAAGAGAAGGUCUUUAAUAUUUGGAACACCCUUUCUACCUUUGAAGAAUCAUCCGCCGCUUGCAUUUCAGAUAUGCUGCUUCAUGUGAGCAACGGCGCUUACAUCGAUGGUGUUCUCGUAGCCAAGCGCUUCAUUGAACAUGUGGAAAUCCUCUUCGGUGCUGUCGAUCAGUUGGCGGAUUAUAUCAAGUCCCACGAGUUAAAAGAACUUUCCUACGGCCGCGAAGCCAAACUUCUCUGCAAAAAGAUUGUCGCUUUCUUCGCCCUUCUAUCGAAAACCCAGGAAACCGGUGUACGCAAACUUGGCGUCACCCAGGAACUUCUGUCUCUGGUGACUGGUCUCGCUCAUUACCUCAAACUCCUUAUCCGCAUCGGUCUACAAGGUGCACUCAAACUUGAACGCGAGAAGUCUGCGCCAGACGGUUUACAAAAUUUCCUGGAGCGCCUCCGUGAUUUGGAGUCGGUAGCCGAGCGCGAAGAUGACGAUACACCAGUCGACCUGAUGGCUGGAGUGGAAGGUUUGGCCGAUCAACUUUCAGAUUGUUGCAUUGCCUGCAAAGAACCAAUUGACGACGAAUGUGUUCAAUGGGGACAAAAUCGUUGGCACAUCAAGCCGCCUCAUCUUUCAUGCAAAUCAUGUGAGAAGGACUUGACCACUGAUCUCCAAGACGCAUUAUGGAGCGGCAGCGAGGAGCAAGUCUACUGCGGCGCUUGCGCCCAUCAGAUGAAUCUUGGCCCCACUGUGAAGGGUGGUUUCACUUCGGUUUCAAAAUUGCAGCAAUUUGUUUUCUUACUGAAAGUGGCACUCGCACGGCUUCUCGCCGUACUUCGAUCCGGGGGAACCUUGCCUCAUACAUCAGACGACCCCAACCUUAAUGAUUAUGACAACAAAGACGGCCAUCGAGUCACACCCCAGGUUCGCCGGGCAAACACACGCUCCCAGUCAUAUGGCGGUGGCUCGCGAGAUGGCUUUGAAGAAACAUCUCUUGAGCAGACCGUCGGCGAGAUGCGUCGGCUGCGAUCUAUUCGCAACGAGCGAACCCUAUCCACAACAUACAAACGGGCCCGCGCAUCCAGAAUCAUCGAUGGACCAGAAGGCAGAAGUGCCCGACCGGGGUCAUCUGGCAAUGAUGGCAGUGACCCGAGGGGUCACGGCUUCCAGAUUGUCGAAGAACGGGAUGCCAAUGGCGAAACCGUUACCGAUCUGACUUUCGGGGCUCAGGAUGCUUUGACGUUAGAUGACAUCCCCCGCAUUGUUGCGGCUGAGCAAGCCAAGGAACAGCGACCUAAUGCCUACAGGCAUGCUGGCACGAAGCUCAUCGGGGGGACAGAGCCGAUGCCCAGGUACAACCAUGGCCACCAGCGGGGGGUAUCGAGUGGGAAUUUGGAGGCCCUGAUGGAGCCAACCCGAACCAAGCGGUACUUCUCAGAACUAACUGCUUUGGAAUAUUUCAUCGUUCGCCACGUUGCCGUGCUACAGAUGGAACCCUUGGUAGAGGGCUAUUUCAGCAUGGAGGAGCUGCUUUCUCUUAUUGAGUCGCGCAAACCUACCAUAUGGAACAUCUUUGGCCGUGCCUUCAAGGACAACAAGAAGGGCAAUAAGAAGAAGGGUGUCUUUGGUGUUGGUCUAGACUAUUUGGUCGAGAAGGAGGGCACAGAGUCAAGUCACGGUGUUGGCCCUGGUGCGCUCCGCAUCCCGACUUUGGUCGAUGAUUCUGUUUGCGCUAUGCGGCAGAUGGACAUGUCUGUGGAGGGUGUCUUCCGAAAGAACGGCAACAUCCGCCGAUUGAAGGAUACCGCGGAACUAAUCGACACCAAGUAUGAGCAAGUUGAUCUGGCAAAGGAAACUCCUGUGCAAAUCGCAGCUCUCUUGAAGAAGUUCCUCCGCGAGAUGCCCGAUCCGCUCUUGACAUUCAAGCUACACAAACUGUUUGUCAUCUCACAAAAAAUGGAGGACGCGGAGAAACAGAGGCGACUACUUCAUUUGACAUGCUGUCUGCUCCCCAAGGCCCAUCGUGAUACGAUGGAAGUCCUGUUUGCCUUCUUAAACUGGACAUCAUCCUUCUCGCAUGUGGAUGAAGAGUCUGGAAGCAAGAUGGACAUUCACAAUCUUGCGACUGUCAUCACGCCCAAUAUCCUCUACCCCAAUGCCAAAAACAGCACAGUGGAGGAGAGCUUCUUGUCUAUUGAGGCCGUCAAUGCUCUAAUUGCUUAUAACGAUGCAUUCUGCGAGAUUCCAGAAGACCUACAAUCGGUCUUGGGUGAUCCAACUCUUUUCAGGGAGAAUGCCGAAGUGACAACCAAGGAAAUCCUCAAACGAUAUGGCGAUAUUGCUCGAGGCAGCUUUUCACAGAAACCGGAGAACGGUGGCGAGACAUUCACAAUCACCACCCCCAACCGAAACAACAGCACUCCAACUUCCGCACGUAUCGAAACCGAUCCAUCUCAGGAUGCUGCCUGGCAGAUGCAAAGUUCGGUUCGCCAUGUGCCCGGUCCCAGCGGACACUCGCACUCGGCAAGCGCCAACGCCCAGGCUGGACUUGAUUUCGGUCCUCCUCCCCCAGCAGCGUAUCACCGUGACCGUAGCACCAGCAACAGUAGCCAGCCAAUUGCAGGGGCACCUGAUGGCCAACCAUCAAAUGUGGCGUAUAGGCCGCGUCCGAGUGCAGGUGCCAUGGGUGUUACUGGGUAG